AUGGCGCCGCCGAAGGCAUCCCACGCCGAAGAGCAGGACGAUGUUCCCACCUCGCACCUUCAGCGACCAGAUCCAGAAUCGAUUUUGGCUGAUGAUGCCGAUCCUGACACCUUGCUCGGCAAAGAGAGCGACUCUGAAGCUGGCGGCAGUCGCAGAACGUCGACAGCAGAGCCGGACUUUGCGGAUGCUCUGGACACCAGCUCUGCCGAAGCGCCCGCGACGCCCGAGGUGAAUGGGGGGAGCAAAGCUGUCAAUGGCAGUGGCCUGGGCGCUCCCGCGGAUAUCCGAACGCCAGUCACUGCCACGCCGACCCAAUCCGAAUUCAAGGCAUUGGCACUUGGAAACAAAGCCGCCGGCGAAAGCUCGAAGGAGAGCAAGACCUCUGCUGGGUCUGCGGAGCUGGAGACGCAAGUAUCGGAUCUGACGAGCCAGGUGAUGAGCUUGAACAGCAAGCUAGUCGCUUCCUACGAGCAGCGAUCCGAUCUUGAAGACGACUUGUCCGACGCGCAUAAUCGUAUCAUGGCACACACUACGCGGAUCGCAGAGCUGGAAAAGGAGAGGCAGGAGCAUUUAGCAGCGCUGAAUACUGGGCUCUUGGUGGAAAAGGCGCACGUAAGCACAGAGAUGCAAAAGAUGAUGGAGCGACUACUGGAAGAGACAGCACAGAGAGGCAAAGCAGUGGAUGCAAAGGAGAAGAUGCAGGGCGAGCUAGACGAUCUUAGCGCAACGCUGUUCGAAGAGGCGAAUCGAAUGGUCGCCGCUGAGCGUCUACUCCGAGCUCGUGCAGAGGAGAAGAGCAGGAAUAUGGAAGAGCGCUUAAAGGAUACGGAAGGGAUCAUGCUCGAACAGCAAAAGAUUCUAGGCGAUCUGCAGAGGCAGGUGGAGAGCGCGCGAAGCGAAGGCGCGGAUGGUCAGAGAGGCUCGCUGCCAAGCGAAUCUCGCUCUGCGGAUGCAAACGGGUGGAGCGCGCUUGCAAGUGAAGGGCGCUUGUUAAGAGCCGGCGAUCUGGUGCGCACUCCUUCCCAGCGGUCUGUCGAAGACGGUGCUGUGCGAAGAGGAUCUGUGGCGCCCCUUCUGCACCAGCACUGGCUCCAGAUCGACAUUGUGCCAUUCAGGGAGCUUUGCGCGUUCCUACAGCAGCUUCGCAAGCUUCGGAUUCAGCUCGCACCUUUCUACACGUAUCCACUGCCAGGAGAGGGUCCAAAGACUGUAUCUGCAACCAGCGGGCAAGGGUCAGGCAGCGAAGCAAGGCCUGUAUCGCCUGGCCCCCUCGGAAUGCCCCUCGGGAUGCCGGUAAUGCCCGUGAGCUUUUCGGGGCUGGGAAGCUCUGGCUUCGCAGGAGGCUACUCUGGCCCCACUACGAACUCUCCAUUUGUCGCUGCUGGAGUCGGCAGGCAUAAGGAUUAUCCAUCUCUGCCUGCCAAUGCCGAGAGUCUCGUUCACAUUCCCAACCAGCUGUCCCUGCCAUUCAUAAAACGCUCCCAGGAAGAAGAUAGCGAUCCUUGCCUGCGAUUCGACUUCGCGCCUGGCCUGAAUUGGCUCUCGAGAAGGCAGGCAAAUGCGGCAGUGCUGGAGGGGACAUUGGUCGUGGAGCCUGUCUUCCCUGGCGGCGUUUGUCCGGAUGAAGAGGCGAUGCGCAGAGCCAACGCGCACCUUCCACCCGCGGCCUGCACCAUGUGCGGCGCCGGCGUGGUGAACGUGCCUCUUCCGGGCGGUGGCCAUACGGAGACAACAACCGCUGCUGGUACCGCAGCUAAUUGGAUCAGUGCUGCUGGCACUGCCGCGCAGUCAUUUGGCGCAAGGAGCAGUGCGGAAAGCCCGAGUGCUACCAGCACGCCUACUGCUCCCCGAGCCAAAUCUGGCAUCUUCAGCACGCUCCGCUCCAUGGGAAGUAGCCCUCGGCCCAGCGUCUCUGCUAACAAUAGCACCUCUGGACACGCUCACACGUCGAGCGACACAAGCAGCAACCUUCACGGAGACGCUGAGCAGACACCAGACUCGCCCAAUCCUGCUGUGGUAAGUGGCCCAUGUUGGCUGAGAGGUCCUUUACUUCGGACGCUGACUCGUGCUGAUCUCUUCGCUAUUCAAGCAGAUGGCUGGUCCCGCUGUACCUUUGCCAGUGCCGACGCACAUCUUUCGUGUGAACGAAACGUCUACGACAAGGUACCUGAUAUGCCCUAAUCAUUGUCUCGCCCGGCUUCGAGCGGCAUGCGCUUUCUGGGGCUACCUGAGAUCUCUUGAGCGUGCGGUCGUGCUUGAAGGCAAGCUGGCAUGGGACGACGCCCCUUCAGCGAUGGGGCCCGCCGCAGCGAUCGCGCGAGCCGGCUCUCCUGCACCACCUAUCCGCCCGGACUCAGUCAAACCAUCACCACUAUCGACAGAAGUUGCGUCCGCCUCUGAACCACACGCCGCUCCUACAAUGGGCAAGGCUGCGGUCAUUGAGAAAUUAGAACAAGCAGCGGAUGCCGAAAAAGGUGCAGCAGAGGCCCAGACCGAAGCUGAUGCUUUGUUGGCACCUUCUCCGGAGGCAGCCGAGGGCUCGAUACAGGAUGCAAAAGCGCAAAGCGACUCCACGGACGCACACGAUGAUGAUGGAGAGGACAUGGAUGCGGAAGCAGAGUCUUCAUUUGCGGAUGCUCAAAGUGAAGCUUCGAGCCCGCAGGUGGAGAGGACUGAGCUCGCCAAAGACGAGCUCGAAGCGAUCGACGCUCCGCAAGCAGCCUCUACGAAGCUAAUUGCUCCGCAGCAGGACGAGGCUCCCCCUACGCCCAAAGCGACCUCGACUUCAUCUGCUACCCUUGACGAGGCCGCUGAUAAAAUGCUUACGACGAGCACCUCUUCGUCAGCUGCAGCUUCUCCACGAAUUGCUCCCCCUCCCUUGCCCAGACGAGCGACGAACCGGCGUCCGGUGCCAGUACCGCCGGCCACGUCUCGCAGGCCUUCGACGGAAUCCCAAGUGGCCACGAAGGGCGACGUUUUUCUCGCUGCUCCACCUGCGCUGCCCAGACGCAAAUCCUCGGUGGCGACCCCGCCCUCGCCGGCUCAACCUAUCAGAUCCGUCCUGCCAGCAAGCGGCGGGGAUGGAUUGGCGUGGGAGGAAAGAGUGUGGCAAGAAGUGCAAAGACUGAAGGCAGAGAUGGCAAGAGCCAGGUGGGGCUUGGCUGGAUGA